AUGGCUUUUGGGGAAAAUAUUGAAGAAUUUAGCAUGAAUCUGCAUGAUAGCUCGUCAACACUACAACGGCCUCAACCACUGAAACGGUCCAAAGCACUACAACGGCCUCAACCACUGAAACGGUCCAAAGCACUGCAACGGCCUCAACCACUGAAACGGUCCAAAGCACUACAACGGCCUCAACCACUGAAACGGUCCAAAGCACUACAACGGCCUCAACCACUGAAACGGUCCAAAGCACUACAACGGCCUCGACCACUGAAACGGUCCAAAGCACUACAACGGCCUCGACCACUGAAACGGUCCAAAGCACUGCAACGGCCUCAACCACUGAAACGGUCCAAAGCACUGCAACGGCCUCAACCACUGAAACGGUCCAAAGCACUGCAACGGCCUCAACCACUGAAACGGUCCAAAGCACUGCAACGGCCUCAACCACUGAAACGGUCCAAAGCACUACAACGGCCUCGACCACUGAAACGGUCCAAAGCACUACAACGGCCUCGACCACUGAAACUGUCCAAAGCACUGCAACGGCCUCAACCACUGAAACGGUCCAAAGCACUACAACGGCCUCAACCACUGAAACGACGGCCUCAACCACUGAAACGGUCCAAAACACUUCAACGGCCUCAACCACUACAAUGGUCCAAAGCACUGCAACGGCUUCAACCACUGAAACGGUCCAAAACACUUCAACGGCCUCAACCACUACAAUGGUCCAAAGCACUGUAA